GGAACCGUGGGCUGGAAGAUGGCGGCGCUGGUGGCGGAUUACGGCUCGUCCGAGAGCGAUGGGGGAUCGGAGUCGGAGCCCGAGGGCGUUGGCGGUCCCAGGCCCCCCGGGGCCCAGGCGAGGCAGCAGGGCUCUCCGCUGAGGAGCAGGUCGGCAACGGGAGAGCCAAGAGAGGAGGAGGAGGAGGAGGUUGAGGGAGAGGCCGCCAAGCUCCCUCCCCCACAGCUGGAGGGGGUCCUGCCCCAGGUGGCCGGCGUCUUCGCCAACCCCUUCGCCGAGGAGCGGCGGGAGCAGCUGAGGCUGCUGGAGAAGCACGUGCGGCUGACGGGGCGCCUGGGCGAGCAGGGCCCGGGGGGCCCCCGCAUCUGCCUGCCCUACCGCAAGGACGGCCGCUGCCGCUAUGGCGUCAACUGCAAGUUCGCCCACGACAGCGACCUGCCCGGCCCCCAGGGCCCGGACCCCGGCGGCCAGCACAGCCCGCAGGCUUCAGCCUACAUCGCCCCUGGCAACCGGCAGGCCCCGGCCUACAUCGCCUCCGACAACCAGCAGGCCCCGGCCUACAUCGCCCCCGGCAACAGUCAGCCCGGGACCAAGAGGAGGCCCGGCCUGAGCCCUGGCCUCUUGCCUCCCAAGAGGAGUCUGAAGGACUACCAGGCUCAGAGGGCCAAAGAGGGGCUGGGGUACCUCUAGUCGUGGGGUGUGUGCAGAAGGAGGGCGGGGGGGUGGGGGGCUGCUGGACUGCUGGAACUGACCUGUGAGAGCCCCCCCCCCCCGCCCGGCUGCUAGGACGCAGCCAAUGAGGAAGCUGAGGUGCUGGAACUGACCAAUGAGGGGACUGCCGGGAGCGGCCAAUGAGAGUGAUGUCAACUGCUGCAGUGCAGCCAAUGGGAGUACUUGACCGCCAGGACAGAGCCAGUGGGGAGGACCGGAGCUGCUGAAACGCGGCCAAUUGCGUUGCUCCGACGUGGCCAAUGGGAGACCCGGGCUGCUGGGAUGCGGCCAAUGGGAAACCUAGCCUUCUGGGAGAGGGCUAACGGAAGUGGGAAUGAGAGUCACGGGGAGGUAUCCUCCUUCUCAAGUGCACCAUUGGGCAAGUGGUGGAGAUGGUGGUGUGUGUCCUACUUCCACACCCCUGGGGUCAGAAGGCAAGCAAGAGGGUGGGAAUGGCUCGGAAGGUGGGGAGGGGGGAAUUGAUGUUGGGGUUGGGGUCACGGGUUAUCUCAGGGUCGCCCCAUCUCUCGGGCUUUGGUGCAAGGGCUCCCCUGUUGUACAGGAGCUCAGCUGGCCGGAUGUGUGUGCGUUGGGGUACCUUGUCUCUGUCUGGGGGAGGGGGAUGCGGGUGGGCAGAGGCAGUCUGGGGAGUCCCCUCCCUCUGUACAGCAUCUCCCGACCCAUGUCGAAAUAAAGCCAGUGUGAAACGUUCACAGGUCCUGAGGAUGCAGGAAACCCGGAGCAAGGCAUAAAAAAUGCCGGAGGAACUCGCCAGGCAGGCGUUAUCUUGGGGGGGGGGGGGAAGGGAGUGAUGAUCGGCGUUUCAGUCUGAGGCCCUUCAUCAGGGUGGAAAAUGUUCCCUUUUCCGCUGCCCCUCUCCCUUUCCCAACCCUUCCUGAGCCCUCCUGCCUGAUCACUCCCAGUCCCCGCUCAUUGACUUCCCUUCUGUUGCUCCCUCACCAUCACCCAAGGCCCUUCUCUCGCCCUGCUCCCCUUCCUCAAUCACUGAUUCCCCCUCUCGCAGCCGCCCAGCCCUAUUCCCUCUUCCCCUUAACAGCUCCCCUUCCUUCUCCCUGCCCAUGCAGUCACACUUCCUGUACUCCAUCUUCCCAGUCAUGGAACAUAGAAAAUUACAGGCCCUUCGGCCCACAAUGUCCUGCCGACCACGUAACCUACUCUAGAGACUGCCCAGAAUUUCCCCAGUGCAUAGCCCUCUAUUUUUCUAAGCUCCAUGUAUCUAUCCGAGAGUCUCUUAAAAGACCCUAUCGUAUCCGCUUCCACCACCAUUGCCGGCAGCCCAUUCCACACACUCACCACUCUCCGUGUGAAAAACUUACCCCUGACAUCUCCCUCUAUACCUACUUCCAAGCACCUUAAACCUGUGCCCCCUCGUGUUAGCCAUUUCAGACCUGGGAAAACGCCUCUGACUAUCCAGACGAUCAAUGCCUCUCAUCAUCUUGUACACCUCUAUCAGGUCACCUCUCAUCCUCCGUCGCUCCAAGGAGAAAAGGCCGAGUUCACUCAACCUAUUCUCAUAAGGCUCUCCCCGCAAUCCAGGCAACAAUGCUUUCUCCUUUCUCCCAUUUCCCCAUCCAAUCACACCGCCUAUACUCCAUCUUCCCUGCCCUCUAUCUCCUCUUCCACUCUGUCCCUCCUCUCUUUGCCCUCCCCAUCCAAUCACUCCUCCAUUUUUCCUGUCUAUCUCCCUUUCUCGUCUCCCCCUUCUCUCUAUUCCCGUCUCUCCAUUCUAUCUACCGAUCUCUCCCCCGUCCCUUCUGUUCCCCCUGCCACAGUCAGUCGCGCACCCUCCUCCCAGAGUCUCACUUUCGUCACACCCCCUCAGCUGCCUCCUUUUUCUUGCGCUCUUCCUGAAUCGCCCUCUCACUCGCCCUAUCUUUGCCCUCUCAUCCUCUGUAUCUCUCCCCGCCGCGCUCACUCCCACCCGUUAGUUCUCAUUCUUCCCCUCUGCCUCUCCCUCCAUUCCCCUCAUCUCCCUCCCCCCCCCCCCCCCGCCUCCGGUGGGCCGGCGCUGCAGUGUUUCCGCGCAAAGCUGUGACAAGUCGGCGCAUUUCGGUGCUUAAUUCCACCGCCGUUUGUAAGGGUCAAGUUGCUAACAACUUGCUGGAAAUCCGAGCAACACACGCAAAAUGCUGGAGGAACUCAGCAGGCAAAGCAGCAUCGAUGAGGGGGGGGGGGGGAAGCACAGUCGGGCCGAAACCCUCCGGCAGGACUGGGUUUCAGCCCGAAACGUCGACUGUACUUUGUACCCAUAGAUGCUGCCUGGCGUGCUGAGUUCCUCCAGCAUUGUGUGUUGCCGUCUGGAAGGGGUUUGUUCGUCCUCUCCGUGAAACGCGCAGUUUCUUUUCCGGGUCUCCGGUUUUUCUCCCGCAGUCCAAAGGGCGUACCGGCGAGCUGGUGAGUUGGACAUUGAAAAUUGUCCCGUGGUAAGUCUGUGGUCACAUCGGGGCCGGUAGGCCUGUCUUGCGCUGUGUCUCUGAAUAAAAUAGAGAAGUAGAUUUCAGCGGCGGCGAUCGGGGUUCAGUUAGCACCGCUGUCCCCGGGGAGUCUGCACUUGUCCCCGAGACUCCCAAAAAGGCGGGCGAUUUGGGGUCGGGACGUCGCGGACGUGCUGUGCUGGUUGCAGGGAGCGUGGCGACACCUGCUGGACGCCCCCGGCAUCUCGCAAAUGACGCGCCGCGGGCUUCGAUCUACGUGUGACAAAUAAAACUAAUCUUUUUUAAAUCUCUUUCGCUUCUCCUUCUCAAAUGA